CAAUUCCGUGCGGAGAAUAUCAUCAUGCCUAUUGCCAAGGCCAUCGCUGAUGGAACCGUCCUGGCUGAGGCCACGACCUGGGAAGAAGUCGAAGGCAAUAUCUAUUUCCCUCAUUCAGCAAUCAAAGAUGCCUCUCUUUUAGUCCCGACGGAUUUGUCAACGUUUUGCCCAUGGAAGGGACAUGCUUCGUAUUAUUCCGUCGUGAUGGGAGACAAGACAAUCCCAAACGCAGCGUGGUAUUAUGCCGAGCCUUACGAUGCUGCCAUGAAGAUCAAAGGCCAUGUGGCUUUCUAUACCAGUAAGAUCGAUGUCACAGUUGAAUGAGAAAAGGCAGCGAAAUGCGCCAUCUGAGGUCAGUUAGCUAGGUUUGAUAAAUAAAUUAUGAGUUGAAAUUAGUUUAAUGCCGAGAUUCAAGGGGCAUGGUCUAAUUCCAAGCGCU